AUGAGCGCGAUGCGAAAAUUUUACAUAAGUCAAACAAAACAACCUAGAUCUAAACAAAAACGAAACCCUAGAAUUAAGAAAAACAAAGGGGAAAUUAUUUAUGUGCAAAGAGCUUUAAACCCAUGUGAAGAAAAUGAGGUUCCACAACGGUCAGUGGUGGAGCUCCGGAGAAAAUCUUCCAGAAUACGGAAACAAAUGCAAACAUGGAUGAAGUGGUGGCUCUUGGUCAAGAGCUUAAGACUAAGGGUAAAAAGAGUGUUUUGUGGGGAACUGCUCAGUUGUUCAUGCAUCCUCGCUAGAUGCAUGGUGCUGCUACUAGUUCUAAUUUUUAAUAAUGUCAUGAUGUUCAAACACCUUCUCCGGAGAGUGUCAAUGUAG